AUGCAAGAGACACCUGCUGCUCUAUUAGACCAGUUGGUCUACAUAGACAAUUUUUUCAACAAUUCGGACACGCCGAAUUUGGACGCGGACGGCCAACUAUCUCUUGAUUUGGCCGCGUUUGCCGACGAGGCGUUUGUGUUUGCUGAUGAGGAAAAGCCGAACAAGCCGUUCUCGGACGACGACGACCAUGCGGCGGCCAAUGAUCCACAGGAGGGAACUAGCUGGCUCAACCAUAACGAGAUUCUCGGCGGCAACUUGCGUGCGGACUCGGCCAAACUUGACGACCACGAUGGCCCUGGCGGCCUAGGUAUUGGCCCUGAACCGAUCGACGCCGAUGUGUCUCACUUGGAUGACUUUUCCGAAAUGAAAAGCAAUUGGACCGCGACGGAGCGGAACCCGCAGAACCAUUUCAGUGCCUAUAGCAUCAGUGAUAAAUCGCGGACCUCGAAGUUGGGCAAGAGAACCUCGCAGAACAACAAUGGCCAUUCUCCGCCGCCGCCAAAUGUGCUGGAAGCACCGCGCCAGUCAAUCCCCGACCUCAGUAAUAUUCCCAAGUUCCCGGUCCCGCCGGGCGCUGAGAUGUCUUUGAAACAGGCUGGCCUUUCUCUGAACCAGAUCGAUCUACUCUCGGCACUUAUCGCCCAACACCAGACAUCGGUCCAGGUCUCUCCAGCAACGACGAGCAGUCGAGGAGAAGGUUUGCGUGCCGGCGUUGGCUCGUCAGAACCAUCCGUUGCUUCCUCGCAAGCUUCGGGCCAGAGUUCUACCUUCAAUUCCACUGGCAUCACCCGCUCAUUUCCAACCCAUUCUCUAAAUCACGAUGCUGGCACAAUCAAAACCGAGAGUCCCAGUUCCGUAAACGGGUCGGAAUACAGCAGUAGCGGAUCCGUGUCCGGUCAUCAAACGCCGACCCAUUCCAGUAGCAGUAUCCUGGCGGAGCUUGACAAAAGGAGACGGAGCUUAGCCGCUAGUGCAAGGUUCCGGAUCAAGAAAAAGAUGAAGGAGAAGGAGUUAGAGGAGCAAAUUUCGCUGCUCAAUGACUUGGUUCGCAAUUUCGAACUCAAGAUUGAUGAAUUGGAGCUCGAAAACAGGUUGCUCAAGAAUCUCAUUAUAGAAAAGGGAAAUCAGAAUUCCGACGAGGAACUCAAGCUUCUCAAAGAAAGAGCAAAGCGUAGUUCAAAGAGAUGA